UGAUUAGUUUGGUCUAGAGAAAGCUCUGUUUGGAUUAGCCGUCCUGUUGUUUGUAUUGCUAAACGGAAGCGGCGAAGAUGGAUAUAAAUGGUUUGGACGUUACUUUAAUUCUCUUGUUUACGGUAGUCAAAGUAUUCGACUGUUUUAGUUAGACAAUUUUUUGACACACUAGACUUUUUUUUUUUUUUUACUAUACAUGAAAAGACCGUGGCACUUCAGGCUCGCUUUGUUUACACUGCAGCAUAUGGUAACACAACAGCGUAUGUUAACCUAGUUACUUUAUACUUGUAAUGAUGGAGUCACAAUGCGAGUAUUUCAUGUAUUUUCCCGCCGCUCCAAUAUCGAGUUUGUCAGACCCGGCGGAGUACACAACUCUUCCGCGGCGAAAGCACGUCUACCUGGGGGAGGUAGUCCAGUUCCUGCUGGUCCUGCGGUCUCGGAACACAGCGGUGGGGAGGGAUGACAGCUUCGGCGGUUUACCUUGGAAGGACCUGGCGGGUUCUCUGUCUGCUCUGGCCAGUGUGUGCGUCGCCGAAAGCCGGCAGCAGCGACCCAGCGAGUACCAAGCCGAUAUCCACAGCACCUGCAGCGAGGACGACGGGGAAGAGGAGCCCGAAGAGAGGAAGUCUGGAGGGAAAAAGCCGCCGGACAGUAACCGGACUUUCAUACAGUGCAGCCCGCAUCUCAUUCACAACAGCUCGUCCAGGGAUGGACGGCAGUCUGGGAGGGAACCGGUGAAGGCUGUUCUGGUGUUGGACGACCAGGUUGUCUUCCGUCUCACCGUCUCGUUGGACAAGCUGCCAGUCAACACACUUAAAGCCAAGAUCGUAGUGACAGUGUGGAGGCCGGAGGAUGAGAAGGCGGAGGUGAGGGAACAUGGCUACCUGACUCUCCUGCAGCUCCGGAGUCCAAUACACACCUUCAGGCAGGACCUCAACACCUUCAAGGCACAGGUCAGCACCACCAUGCAUGUUCUCCCACCUCCCAGUGUCCAGUUUCAGCACAUGGCUGUCUCUGGAAAACACCUGACUGUCCUUAAAGUGUUGAACUGCAGCUCUCAGGAUGAGGUGUGUGUCAGAGAUGUGAAGAUCCUUCCUAACUAUAACCUGUCCUACCUCCCCAUGAUGCCAGAUGGUUCAGUUCUCAUAGUCGACAACGUCUGCCACCAAUCAGCUGAGGUUACAGUGGCUUCAUUCUAUCGAAUGGACAGCGAGUCAUCGCGUUUACCCAGCAUGCUCAGCGCCCUGGAGGAGCAGAACUUCCUGUUCCAGCUGCAGCUACAGGAUACAGCAGAGGAGGACUCCAGUGAGGGUUUGGAAGUCCCAUUGGUGGCUGUGUUACAAUGGUACACUCCGACACUGCCUCUAACAAGAUACAUCUCUAGUUGUUAUGCGCUGCCCAGUAUCCGCUUGGAUCGUCCUCGGCUAGUGAUGACAGCUUCCUGUCCUCGUGCCGUCAGGCCUCUGGAGCACUUCUGGGUAAAAUACACCCUGCUCAACAACUUGCAGGACUUCCUGGCCGUCCGUCUGAUCUGGAACUCUGACGCUGAUAGAGGAGGCCAGCAGGAUCCCAGGGCCCACCCGGCAGUGGUGUGCCAGUCCCCUCUCAAUAACCUGGGCCAGUGUAGGAAGGGCUCCACCCUCUCCUUCACCGUGGCCUUCCAGAUCCUCAGGACUGGACUCUUUGAGUUGAGCCAGCACAUGAAGCUGAAGCUGCAGUUCACAGCCUCGGUGUCCACCCCCCCUGUGGAGGUUGGAUCCCCGAUGAGGAACUGUCCAUCGUCAGUCAGAGAGCUGCUGGACAGACAGAACCUGGGCCGCUCUCAGAGCUUCUCUCACCAGCCGCAGCCCAGGGCUCACCACGUCAGGUCCGGCAGCGCCAUGGAGCACCGGAGCAUCACUCCUCCUGCAGGAUCUCCAGCAGGCAGAGGCCGGUACCUGCCGCCCAGCCACAGUCUCAUCUCACUGGACAAAAUAGCCAAGAGAGAGUGUAAGGUGUUGGUGCUGGAGCCGGUCCAAGAGGCACACAGCCGAUGACCUGGAGAGGUCAGAGACACAUACAUCAGUGUUUGGUCCCUCUGUCCAGCCGCCAGAGCAUCCACCCUGUGCCCUGAAGGCAACACAGCGUGGACGCAGUGAUGGAAGGAAGAGCAGCGUUGAUUGGCCAGAGAGGAGGAGGAGUGGGAAGGUGAUGGAGGGAUAAUACAGCUGGCCUGAAGAAAAGAAAAGCCCCCCUGCGGAGCCACAACAGUUGUUCAUUUCAUUGGUUUAUCAUUUCAAUUUUGUUUUGGUUUUUACUUUUCCAUCAAGCCUUCGUUCCAUUUUACUCAACGGGUUAUUUCCAUUACCUUCCUAUUCCUGUGUAUUUAUAGUUACUAGUACAUUUACAAGAUUCUUUUGGAACUCGGCGUUGACUGUAUUUUCCUUUCUUAUGGCAGCUCUUGUUUUCUUGUAGGAUAUAAUCAGGAAACCCCAGACUGCCUGUGUGUGUCAGGCCUGGGAGCACAGAAUAAGCUGGAUGGAUCCAGUAGCUGGUAUUUAUUUUGAUAAAGUAAUAGUCCAACAUUUUGUGAAAUAGAUUUGCUUGCCAUCGAACCCCAGUUAGAUAGGAGAAAAACUGCUGGCCUAGCUGCAUCCUAAAGACCUUGCAACAGUCCUAUUUCCACCUUGUGCACUAUAUGGCCCUUUCCUGUUCCAACCGUAGACUAUAAAGAUUGACGACAUGUCUCCACUUCCUUCCCACUGUACAAAAUUGAAGCCAAAAUCUCCCGGAUACAGGCAACGCCAUCUUGUAAUUUUGGAGUCUGCGCAGUAGUGAUAGGGGCGGAUCCGCGAUAUCGAAGUCCCGCCCAUACACCCGCCCAACCAAUCCUGAGUCAAUCCCAGCUGUCAAUCAUGACAUUUCACCCCGUUAUUAUAGCAUCAAAGAACUAAUAAAAACCAAACUUAUCAGUAAAAUUGUCAUGUGAACAAAAAUCAGCAUGAUAACAACUACCUAAAUGACUGAAAACCAUCUUUGGGAAACAUUUAUUUGACGUGUACUUUGACUUUUGGCCUACGUUUGGCCUAUGUCCUGUCGGCUAACAUGGAGGGGGCGGGGCUUAUGACCUACACUGCAGCCAGCCACCAGGGGGCGAUCCAGACGUUUUGGCCUCACUUACACAGUCUAUUAAAGCUGCAACGAUUAGUCGACUAAUGGAUUAGUCAUUUGAUAGGAAAAUAGGCGCCAACUAUUUUGAUAAUCGGUUAAAUCGUUAGUCAUUUUUUCAGCCUCUCAAAUAAGGAGCUUUCCAGCCUCUUUUCUGUUUUACAUCAUUAAACUGAUGGGCAAUUUUCACCAUUUUUCUGAAACUUUAUAGACAAAACGAUUAAUGGAGAAAAAGAAUCAGCAGAUUAUUCGAUAAUGAAAAUAAGCGUUAGUUGCAGCCCUACAGUCUAUGCAACGACCCCUGGUUUCAACAUGACAAUGCCCCCCCCCCCACCCUGCAGCCAGGUUCCAACAUCUGGUGGAAAGCCUGGACCCAGAAGAGUGGACGCUCUUAUGGCAGCACAUUAAUCCCCAUGGUGCCAGAUGUUCCACUGUCCACAUACUGUACUUUUGGCCAUACAGCGUAGCUUGUUAGCAAGUAUGCUAGUCCCCAAAGUCAGUUGGGUUUCGGUCACUUAGAAAAACCCUAACCCUAAGAGAACGGGAGCCACUGUUGGGUUAGGGCCAACAUGUAGUUCCAACAAUAACUGCUGCAGCUGUGCACUACACAAGAUCCAACAUGUUAAUCAGACAGCUGUGGGCUCCAUGCAGAGGGGAUUGGUCUCUCUCUGUUGACAGAGCUGGGCUAGCAGUUUCCCCACUGCUUCCAGUUUUUGUGCUAAGCUAGACAUGUUCUGAAACUACUUGUGUGCUGUAAAUGUGAUUCUGGGUAUGACAGAAAAUAGGGAAGUUCACUUCCCACAAUAUCAGACCGCGCCUUUAAAUAAGCUAAGACAGAAGUUCCCAUCUGGGAGGUUUGAACUACAGUCUCUCUCUUCAGUAUCGGAAACAUUUAGGGGAAAUUAAUCAGUAAUUACAAUGUAUAUUGAUAGGUUUAAGGUUACAAAUUGUGUUUGUUUUGUUUUUUUAUAACUGAACUACAAAACUGGAUGACAGCUGCGUGUUGUCCUGCACCUUCCCUAGCAGGAAGUGGUUUGCACUCAGACUGACUAUUGGUCUUUACUUUUUAAAAUGGGUAUUGAGUAUUGAGUGUGAUCCAGCUCCAUACAGUAGUCUUUACACUGGCUUAUUAUUUAAAUGUAUUUGUCUUAAUGAUACCUUCAUUUGUUGGCAAUGUUUUUGUUUUUUGACCUGUUACAUAGACUCCGUGGUGUGAAAGUGUACCAGCACCUUUUACAGUGUGGUCCCCUUAUUUCAUUCACUGUCCAGUAAUUCAAAACCCCUAGCAACGUAACGUAUGUUACAUAAUCGCUGCUAAUGACUCCUAUGCAUAAUGUGUGAGCCUCAUGUGGAAACAGGGUCCAGCUGAAAUGAGAGGCUGUUGUUGAACAAUUAACCCUUCUAAUGUAGUCUGAUAAUUACAGAACAGAACUCAUUUCUUACGGCUUACUUAGCCAUCCCAGAAUUUAGCAAAUCUGGCAAAACAAUGAUUACAUAUUUUAAAGUAGGCUACUCGAUUUACAACAACCUGUUUCACAGGCCUGAAUAUGCAAAGUCACAGUCUCAAAUUCUGCUUAGCGUUUCGUGUAA